AUGGAGGAACAUGAAGAUAUUCAAUACUGUUUUCAAGAUAGAAACUCUUCUUGCAGAAAGGCUUUGCUAUGGACAUCUAUCUACAUAACACUGUACAUCUUCUUCUCAUUGAUUUCAGCAGUUACAGUAUUUUUGAACAUACUGGUGAUCAUCUCCAUCUCUCACUUCAAGCAGCUCCACACUCCAACCAACCUGCUCAUCCUCUCUCUGGCUGUGUCAGAUCUCCUGGUGGGACUGAUUGUGAUACCAGUAACGACUGUAGCAAUAAUGGAACCAUGCUGGGGUUUUGGGGAAUAUUUCUGUGUGUUUUAUUUCUACAUCACUUGUUUAUGUGCUUCUUUAUCUCUGGGCAAUUUGGUCUUGAUAUCUAUUGACCGCUAUGUUGCUGUAUGUGAUCCCUUAUUGUACCACUCUAAAAUAACAAUAACAAGAAUGAUGUGUUGUAUAUCCAUUACCUGGUGUUGUUGUAUCAUAUAUUAUGCUGCUACUGUAAACAUUUUUGUAAAUGUACAGGUACCAAGUAGGUGUUUGAAAGAAUGUUUUAUUGUUGAAGGAGUAACCUGGGGUACUGUAAUUGACCUUGUAAUUACAAUGGUUGUCCCGUGCUCUAUUAUUAUAACACUUUAUAUGAACAUCUUUGUGGUGGCCAGAUCACAGGCCAGAAAGGUAUUUUCAAAAGAGGCUGUCAGUGUGUCUGGUGUUAAAACUGUACAGGCAAAUAAGUCUGAGAGAAAAGCAACAAAAACUCUAGCUAUUGUUGUUUUCACCUAUCUAAGCUGUUGGAUUCCAUUUCAUUUGUAUUUACUUUUUCUUUUAAUUGACAAUUUAUCAUCAUUCAUCAUCAGCUUUUUGCCACUUCUUAAUUCCUUAAUCAAUCCAAUAAUUUAUGCUUUCUUUUAUCCAUGGUUCAAAGUGACAGCUAAGCGCAUUUUAACUCGGGUGAAGUUUAGGCGUUCAUAGUUCCUAUGUUUUUAUUCAUAAGUUUGACAAACACAGGUUAGAUAUAGUCAUGUUAUACUGUUAUGUUGUAAUUGCCUCAUUCAUGUAACAAUACGCUGACAUUACUUAUCUCAGUGUUGUCAUAAUAGAUACAUGUGAUGUUGAUACAGAAGGAUUUGACUGGUUUGGAAAGGAAUGACUUGGAGA